CUCACAUUUGAGAAGCUAGUAGAAGUAAAUGUUGUAUUUUUGCUUGAAAAAUGACUGAAACAAUUAAUUGAUUCCCAAAAUAGUUUCUUAUCAACUAAUUGUUGCAAGUGUAGUUAGUUUGUUAUAAUAUAUGGGUCAUGUUUUUUCUUGAAGUGGACAGGCUCUACAUAAGAGGGCUACUGGCUCUGUAGACUGGUCUGCAGUAAUCUUUGAUAAUUAAAAAACUAUAGGAGAUAGAUCAAUUUUAAGAGCUGCUCUGUUAUAAAGGGACGUUUCGUAAUUGAUAUUGUUGAUAGUUGAAACACACUCAGCAUAUUGCCCAAAGAUGCUCAAGCCAGGAAAUAGUUUCACACAGGUUUAGAAAUUUGAAACAAUCCAUUUAAAAUGUGCAUAAUUAACAAAAUAGAUUUGAAAACAUCUUUUUGUAACCUUAUGUGCAUCUACCAUAAAACACCAUGAAUGCCAAACAAGGGAAUGUGUCGUAUUUCUGUAGAUAAGGGUAUUCAGUCAGUGCAAAGUUGACUUUGGUUUGUGUGCCAGAUACAGCCGCCCUUAUUUUGCCAUGAUGUGUGAUAUUGUUGGAAAACUGGGAUAACUAAUUAGAGCUGUAAAUAGGGGCAAAUCUGGCUACCUUAAGGGCACACUAACGCCCGUCACUUACUGUACAAGGGUAGAUGCUAUUGAAAGAGUCACGUGUCACAUCAGAGCUGACGAUGGAGACAUUAUGUGCAGUGAUAUGUAGUUGAGCUCAAUAGUCUCUGUUAGGACACAGUUUCAUAGGGUUCCUGUGUGAAGCAGCAGCCUGGAGAGAUCUGAGGUUUGGGUUGUUGUGCAACAUCUGCAGUGAAUAUAGUAGAUUACUAUUUCUCUUAUUGAUUACACAAUUAGUGCACAGUAAUGUUUAAGCUUUGGGGAAUUCCAAGUCGCAGCAUGUUAUUAGUUGAGUUGCUGACCCAGUUUCAUGCUGGCCUGAUGCACAGCAGGUCCUGGGACCCCUGAGCAGCCAGACAACAGUGUAAACACCAUUGCUGUCUGACACUGUGCUCUCUGUAUGUGAUCUACUGUAUAAACCCAGUGUAGCAGUUAGACAAGAUGAACAGUCCCCAUUGGUUUACCCUAAAUGUCACCUAACCCCCUACAGGCACAUUGGAUGUGUGUAACAACAUGUUGGGAAUUAAUUAUAAAUAACAUGGGGAAUAUUGUCAACUAGGCAAGCCACAGUUUACUAAGCAAAGUAACACACGUAUUAAGUAGCUAGUGUAACAUUUCUAGAAACAAGUUCCCUUGUUUUCUACAGUAGCAUGUAAAUCUCUUAUAAAUAUCUUUCAGUUUACUGACUGAAUUGCAGUCAUAAUAACAUUUGGGCACAUCUCUACCUGUCAUGUCCUCCACAUGGCGAGGCACUGAUUCAUCAACCUGUCCAAACUGGUAGAGUCUGCUCAGCAAAUAUAACAAGAAGCAGCACAUUAGAUUCUCAGAAGAAUCAAGUCAGUGCACAGCUAUGUGUCAGGCAGCUAUUUGUGACCGUUUGUUCUUAUGUCCACUGUGUACAGCAGGUCACCUUUCUGCACAGAACUAACAAUGUUUGAGAAUAAAAUCAUGUUUGUUGUUCUGUAUUCUUCUUGGUUAUUUAUGAAGGAGCUUGUUCAACACUUGUUGCAGUUUGAUGUGAUUGCGUGUUUGAUUUGGCUUCAUUGUCACUCACUGUUAUUUGGUUUGAAUGUUUUUAGAACGUGUCUUGUCAUAGUCACUGCAGUCACAUGAGAAAAUAAACCUGGGUGUGACUCACACAAGGCUGCCUUGUCAUGCUUCAGGUGGAUUCAGUAGAAAUUUGGUGGGUGUGUCCGCACUGUGAAGUUGCUUCCCUGCACGUGUGUCACUGCUGCUCAUACACACAGAGGAAUGGGCGGAGAAAGCAGGAAAUUAAAAAUGGGUCUGUUGGUCCCACAAUGGUACAUCCUAAUCAUUUUUGGGAUCAACAGUUGGACCUUUCACCUAGUGCCAUGAGUCUGCUUUAGUCAAUAUGUUUCACAACGAGGUCGCUUGAAAACGAAUGACAUUAUUCUAUGAAACUGCUGUUGUGGAGACUGACGUACGUUGCGGUGCUAGAAGUAAAGGUUGUGCCCUUUAUGCUGACUUCAGUACUAAGUAAAGUUGUUUAGUGAAGGAGGGAGAGAAGGAGUGCUCCAGGUGACAUCUCAAGACCCCUAAUCUCCUCCGUCCUUCCUGGUUCCGAGUUGUUUUACCUCCAGCUGGAGACGUUCACAUACUCCCAGACACCUCAGAAUCAGACACAUGAAAAACUAAAUAAGAUACUUUGUAAUGUUUCCUUUGAGACAUCAGGUGUCUGUGUAGCAGGCCCUGUCUCACUCCCAGAGACAUUGUGAAUAGAGGGUAUGCACAUGAUAUUGCCAGAAGUUGCUAUGGUUACUCCUCCUUGAAUGAAUGGCCAUUAUGAAAUUACAUGGAAAACACUGAUAAAAUGGUAAAGCGCUGUUGUGCAACCGACUGCACAAAUAGACUCAGAAACAGUUCCUAGUUUUUACAGACUGCUGAAGGCUGAAGAGAAGAGAAACUUACUUUCCAAACCACACACAAUGUUCUCUGGAAGAAAGAAAGAAAGAAAGAAAGAAAGAAAGAAAGUAAAAAACUAAAUGGUCCAUGGUGUCAGGUGGUCAGAUCUGUUCACAAACGAGUCCAGAUGAUAUUUAUCAGAUUGACAAGUCUUACUUUAAGAUAUCUACAUGUCUUCAGGCUUUGUUCAGUCUAUUCUUCUGCCCUCUCUAUGCAUGUAGCUGAACAGAUACACAGUGAGCUAAACACACUUCAGGUUGGAGACAAUGGAUUGCCUUUGAAGUUUUUAUGCAAUUGUGAAACUGUGAAAACAGUAAUGGACAAAAAAAAAAUCAUAAUGAUGAAGAAUCAGAAAAUGAUUCAAUAAACAAGAAUUACACCAAUUUUAUUGUAAAACUGAGUUAGUACAGUAACAAGGAAACUGAACAGAUCGACUCUCAAAGUACCAAUAGGAAGCAUAGUAAUUAAUCAUCUAGUAAACAUACACAACAGUAAAAGUUAGAGUAAAAUACAUACAACAGUUAUGAAUUGUUGUAUUAGCAACACAUUUGCUCCAGAUAGCUAGUAGUGGCAAGCCUAAUUUUCGGGAGCUGUGUCCGAAAAUCACUCCCUUCAUUUACUCAUUCAUUACUCCCUACAGUAAACAAUGGACACUCAAUAGUUUACUCAGUAGUCAUCAUCAUUUUGCGUCAUCAGUGACAACUGUUGAGUUGUGCAGCUGUCAUUUUCUCAUCUGUAAAAUGUGACCCAUUGUAUUGUGGGAUUGUUAGCAGAAAGUCUUCUUUGUUCUUUUCUUUUCAUUGUGGAAGAUUUGAGGGCAUUCUACAACGGGGACAUUUACACAGUGGGAAUUCGGACACUCAAAUAAAAGCACUGACGAACAGUAAGUGUAGUUUAAUAAAUGGGCAGUGAUUUCAGACUCACACACAGAGUGAUAUUAACACAUACAGCUGCUCCUGCUGAUUGUCAGAGCAAUCCCCUGUCUCUCAGGCCCAGCCUCUACUCUAACUGACACAGUUUGUAAUGACACUUAAACACGCCCUCUAAAGAGUUUAUUAAAUACAACUUGUCCGUCUGAGUUUCUUUUGGGCACAAUGUUUACUUUGGUGCCACAUUCAUGGUGGCUUUGCUUUUUUUAUUAUUGGCCCAUUACACCAUACUGUAUGACUUGGCAUAAAUGUGAUGUGUGCGUCACCAAUCUUAUCUUAUGGCCAACGCACUAUCAUCAAUUAAAUCUACUUUUGUGCUGGAUGAGUGAUUAAUAUCCAGUCACGAGGUAACUUGUCAUGUUGGUUAAAAAAAUAGGUUGUGAGGCGGUGAAGUGUCCUCUGGUGAAUCAUGUCUUUAUCCUGGCUUUGUCUCGUACUAUUACACCCUAUACUGAAACUGAUUUGGAUGCAGAGUAAUGCCCUGAAAUAGGCCAGCCUAGCUUACAAUAGGCUUCCAUUAAUAAAUAGGACUGUCAACAGCCAUGCAGAGGAAAUCAGACCAGCACUGAGUGUUACAUGAGGUGUCAUAUAACAGGUAUCAUGUCACCGACGAAGCAAUCCCAGUUCUUUCUUAUCUUCUUGUGUUUUCUGUCGGCUGGCAGAUAAUAUGUCACAGUUUACUUUAUCUCUCUAUCUCUGUUUAACACAUUUCCUCUUUCUUUGCAGGCAAAAGAAUAUUUUCUGAAAUAGCUUUUUGGUGUUAGUUGUACUUUUGCAUGAAAUAAGUUGGUGAUUUCUGCAGGUCAUUAUUUUCACAGGCUACGGUGGUUUUAUCGUGUGCUAUCUGAUUUUGCAACCCAGUCCUCAGGUUUAUACAGAAUUAUGUUCAAAGUUGUUCCCUUUGAUUUCCUGUAAUUCAAUAGCAGUGGGUAAAAAUAUUUGUGGGGGCACGGAGCAGCAGAAACAUUAGAAGCAUAGCUGCAGCAGGAAGUAGAGUCUUGAGUGAGUGGCCCCAAGCAGAUGUAACAGUUUACCAGAGCUUCGGUCUAAGAUGCAACGUAGAGGGCUUCCAUGUUGUUGUUUUAAACAGGAGUGAGGCGACUGGAAAAGACACAAGGUGUUAAGUGUUAGAUAUUAAUCUGGCUGUAAUUCAGGAGGUACAGUUAACUAGCAGCUAAGUUACGCUAACGUUAUAAAGCAGCAGUGGAAGCUCUGUCUUUUAAGUUCAGUGGAAUUUUGUUUUCCUUAUAGGGUUUAAGCUCCCUAAAGGGGCAAACCUCUGGGAUUGCUCUAGUUUCAAAGGUCGUAUGUUUGGGUCAUGUCUCCAAACAGAACCACUGACCUCCUCUGACUAAAAGCUGAGAUCAGCCUGGAGAGGAAUGUAGGUUGUCACCAGAGCUAUUUUGGCAAUGUACAGCCGCUAAUGAUUGUGAUCACAGAGCAGAGCUCGGAGCAGUUGCUUUGCUUUCCUUUUUUCCUGCCAGCAAGUUUGAUCAUGCAGCUCUUACCGGCGCUGCAGGGAUUAGAGGGUUAAACGAAUGGCACGUCGGCUGCGCUUGCAUUUUGCGUCAAGGAGAAGCAACACGGACCCUCUGUCAGAAAGCCUCAGCAGCCAUGGUGAGGAGAGUGGAGUCGGUGUGCCAGCUUAUAGCCCCGCAGAGAUUCUGGCGCACAGUUCUGUCCACUUGAAGGUGACUCCUCUGUCACCAGACUAUGCUAAUUUUCAACGCUACUCUUCAGUAUUCAUACCAAGGGUUAACACCGGAGGAUGUAAUAAGAAGAGCAUUCUGCAGAUCUUGUUGCAGCCCUGUGGAAAGCUCAGUGGAGAGCUGGAUGGCAGUAUAGAGGAUGGAGACCCGGGGGGCAGUGAAGGAGGAGCAGGUAGUGGCUCUGACGGAGGCUCAUGCAGCAGCAGCAUGGCCAGCGAUGCCGGGUAUUGUAGCAGCAACAGCAUCUUUGAGCCAGAGGCUCCAGAAAAGCAGAGGGCCACCCAGGAGAGGAGUCUACUCUCCCGCAAGUCCAAGGUUCCGCUGAGACGGUGCUCCUCCUUGGUUAUAUUUCCAAAAAGCCCCUGCAGCACCCCACCUGCUUCCCCAGUCAGUCCAGUGGCUCUUCCUGCUCUCCCGCCUGCGAGGGGGUCUCAUCAGCCGUCUCCUCAGACAUUUGCCAGUGAAUUCUCACAAGAUGACGAGGAAGUGACUUGCAAAGGGUCCACCACCACGGCACUAAGUGGUCGUCGUGUCCCGAAAGGAAGCUGUUCAGCCGAGUUCAGGGACACCAAACACAUGGUGCAAUUUAAUAUUCCUUUACAGGAUGAACCAAAAAGCAAAAUGGAGGAUAGGAGUAAAAUAUUGGAACUGUCAUCAACUCUAGACAGAUCAAAUCGUCACUCUAGCAGUGUGCUGCUGCACUUUGCCCACCAGAGACCAAUGAUACCCGGGAAGGGAGCUACAACCACGACUACAGUCAAUGUAGGAUAUCCUGAGGCUCCGAACCCAGCCGCACACCCUGAGGGUGAACACGACCCUCGCAAAAAACUGUAUCGUAGUACCUCUGCUUGUUUGUUCUCCUCAACUAAACCAUCAGAGAAAAACCAAAUGGUUUGUUCCUCAGGAAAAGGUCUGGAAAAGCCAGAGGAAAACCAUUGUCAUCGCGCUAUACAAAGGAGCUUUUCUCUGGAAGUGCCUUACGCUAACACUGGAAUUUCAUGUCACGUUUCAAAUCCAAAACUCAGUAGCCCUUGCUCUCCUCAUGUGCACAUUCAUUUGUCUCCUUGCUGCCCAGCUAAGUUGCCUGGCUCUGUUACUGAUGUAAACACGAGCCACCAAGGGAAUAAUACACCAAAGAGCCCAGGUCAAAACACUAAGACACGUGAUGACUUUCUGGGACAGGUGGAUGUCCCCUUAAAUCAGAUACCGACAGAAAAUCCUAAUACAGAAAGGCCAUACACAUUCAAGGAUUUUCUGCUUCACCCACGAAGCCACAAGUCCAGAGUCAAAGGUCACCUGCGUCUCAAAAUGACCUACCUGCCAAAAAACCCAGGUUCGGAGGAGGAAACAGCAGAACAGACGGGGGACCAGGACCCUGGUUGGGAGUUUCUGGAGGCUCAGGACAUGUCAGGUCCCAGACAAAGCCAGCUGCUGCCUGCUCUGCCCCCUGGCUGGGAGGAGCGGCAGGACAACCUGGGAAGAACCUACUUUGUCAAUCAUGAGAGCAGAACCACACAGUGGCAACGACCCACAAUGCAGGACAGUGAUGUGGAAAUACAAAGAAGACAGAACAAUAAUACAGAGGUGGAGCAUGCUCUUAAUACACGCAGACAGAUCUCAGACCCAGAUGAGAACAAUGCCACACAAGAGUCUCCUGAGAGCUGGGAGAUCAUUACAGAGGACGAGUCGACAUCUUACCACAACAACAACAACCAGCUCGCAUCGCCUCCACCCCGCACGCCCGUGCCCGAGUUCCACUCGUUCUGCGACGAGUUGAGAAACAUUCACAUUUCAGGGGCCACAGCUGGCGAGCUGCACACCUCCCAGACAGAUCAUCAUAGUAAUUCAAGCCAUUCCAGUCUCAGAGGAAGUGCCCGGACUUCAGCAGGAGAGGAACAUCCCGUUAAUCCUGUGCUGCUUCCAACCGCAGCUGGGCUGCCUGCAGGCUGGGAGGAGAAGCGAGACAGUAAAGGAAGACGCUACUAUGUCAACCACAACAGCCGAACAACUUCAUGGACACGACCCCUCAUUCAAAAAACCUCAGAGGCACCAGUAGCACCAGCAACACAAAGUGGUGCAGGUUUACCCCAGAGCUCCCCUCCAUCCCAACCGCAUGUCCCCCCUGAGGAGUCUCCUCAGCACACCCCAAGCCCUGAGGCCACAUAUGAAUCUGGCUUCCUGCCAACUGGUUGGGAGGUUCGCAGUGCUCCCAAUGGAAGACCUUUUUUCAUUGACCACAACACAAAGACUACUACCUGGGAAGAUCCCAGGCUAAAGAUUCCUGUGCAGAAGAGGAGGAGAGCCUCUCUCGACCCAUCUGAUCUCGGCCCUCUGCCGCCUGGUUGGGAGGAGAGGGUCCACACUGAUGGGAGGAUAUUCUACAUAGAUCACAACACCAGGACCACACAAUGGGAUGAUCCCAGAUUACAGAACUCAGCUAUAACUGGACCAGCAGUGCCUUAUUCCAGAGAUUAUAAACAGAAGUAUGACUACUUCCGGAAGAAGCUGAAGAAACCGGCUGACAUCCCAAACCGUUUUGAGAUGAAGGUGAGACGAAAUGCGGUGCUGGAGGACUCAUACCGACGCAUCCUCGCAGUGAAGAGGGCAGACCUGCUGAAGGCGCGACUGUGGGUGGAGUUUGAGGGAGAAAAAGCUCUGGACUAUGGUGGCUUGGCCAGGGAGUGGUUCUUCCUCAUGUCUAAGGAGAUGUUCAACCCGUACUACGGACUGUUUGAGUAUUCUGCCACCGACAACUACACACUGCAGAUUAACCCUAACUCAGGUUUAUGUAAUGAGGACCACCUGCCCUACUUCAAGUUCAUCGGUCGCGUGGCAGGCAUGGCCGUGUAUCACGGCAAACUACUCGAUGCUUUCUUCAUUCGGCCUUUCUACAAGAUGAUGCUGCAGAAACCGAUCACUCUCCAGGACAUGGAGUCAGUUGACAGUGAAUAUUUCAACUCCUUGAUGUGGAUUUUGGAGAACGACCCAACAGACCUGGAUUUGAGGUUCACCAUUGACGAAGAGCUGUUUGGGCAGACUCACCAGCAUGAACUCAAGCCGGGCGGGGCAGAAAUUGUCAUCACUAAUGACAACAAGAAGGAAUACAUCCAUCUGGUGAUGCAGUGGAGGUUUGUGAACAGGAUACAGAAGCAGAUGAGUGCCUUCAAAGAGGGAUUCUUUGAGUUGAUACCACAAGAUCUGAUUAAGAUCUUUGAUGAGAAUGAGCUCGAGCUGCUCAUGUGUGGUCUUGGAGAUGUGGAUGUGAACGACUGGAGAGAGAACACCAAGUACAAGAACAGCUACUGCUCCAACCACGUCGUUAUCCAGUGGUUUUGGAAAACGGUGCUGUUGAUGGAUGCAGAAAAGCGAAUCCGGCUCUUGCAGUUUGUGACGGGAACAUCAAGGGUCCCAAUGAAUGGCUUUGCUGAACUCUAUGGGUCUAACGGACCACAGCUGUUCACCAUCGAGCAGUGGGGAACACGUGAAAAACUCCCCCGAGCCCACACAUGCUUCAAUCGACUGGACCUGCCUCCUUAUGAGUCUUUUGAGGAGUUGAGGGAGAAACUUCACAUCGCCAUCGAGAACGCACAAGGCUUCGACGGUGUGGAUUAGUGCUUCUGAAGGUAGAAGAGCUGAACUGAUUACUUACCGAUCAGAGUAAAGCAGCACGAUGUGGUGAAGUUGACGUAAGAAACAAGCUGUGCAUCAGACUCUGGUCUUAACCUGCCAGCUGUGUGACAGAUGAAGGACGGUCACACAACCUUCACAUGGUCCUCUUUGGAGGCACACGCGGAGGACAUUAAAUCUGGAGUGACAGAGGUAUUUAAUCACUCCGUGUGUUCUAAAGUUUACAAAGCAAGAAUGCAAAGCUAUAUACUGUGUAACAAAAAACAUCUAAUUUUUAAAGAAAUUAGGUUAAUUUGGGCUGAAUGAUAAUUUGGCAAUUCAACCUAAACAAAACAUAUGUGAAGAUAUUUACUCUCUAUUUUUCCUAUCAUUUAAAUUCUAUACAUAAUAAUACAUUUUUCAUUCCAUCAUACUAGAAACACUGAUGCAAAUCCCAAAUAUAUGCACCUCAAAGGCAGCAGGUAGCAGUCAAAUCUGCAGUUUAUAUUCGAGCAACCACACUUAAAGUAAGUUUGUCAUUUAAUCAGUACAGUAGUGAUGUACCAAUACCAGGACCAGUAACAGGCUGAACUAAUUAUACUGUGGUUUGUAUCUGUGUAGUCCACAGAUCCAGAGACUACAUGCAUUAUUAGAUUGUGCUGAAAUACUAUGCAUAAUUGUACAUAUUGACAUAAGAUGAUUGAGUAUCACUUGAUUUUGUUAUAUGAAUAUCCUGUACAUACAACUAUAAUUUAAUAAUGCCUUCUACAAAACGAUGAAGCAUUGAUUCGAGCUGUUAAAAGCGACUCAAAUUGACAAAUAAUUGGUGCACCUCUACAUAUUACCUUUUUUUAAUUUAUAAUCGGUAGCCACUCAUACUCAAGUUCAACACUGACUCUUUGUGUAUCAGAGGAAUAGAUCAAUGUGUAUAAACAAUAUAUCUCCUGGCCAGUAGCUUAUAGAAAACGUUAUCCAACAGACUGACUUUAUCAUACAAUUUGCAUACAGUGUGUUAAAUAUUAUGUUUUGUUGCCUUUUUGUCAAUGAGUGAUAUCAUUUUGUUUUCUUCUACUCAUCAUGGGUGUCUAAUUGCAGCACAGUGCUCUAUUUUUAAGAGUACAACUUUAGAAAUUGUUUUGCUGGUUGUCAAAAAUGUGUACAGAUUAUUGUCUGUUUUCAAAAAUGAGUAAUCACUUGUAAUACCUUAGUAGGAAAGUAACUGUACUUAAGCAGUGAGUUUUAACAUUUUCUGAAUGGUAAAACAUGUGUUUACACUACCUGCCAUGUUUACAGGGCGUUGAUAAAGAAAGAUAUUGUGGGCUGGUUUCUUGUCUCUGACGACACAAUUUUAUACUUAUGCUUUUAUAAAGUGAAGCACUUUGUUAAUAUCGAUGAGUCUUACUUCUGAACUGUCUGAAUCUUUGCCAAUCUGUUACCUGCAGACUGCUUCAAUCGUUCUUUUAGGAAAAUUAUCCUAUGCUUCAUGCACAUGUGUUUAAAUGUUUACAUGUGAACAUUGCUGAAAAUAAGCACAUUCUCUUCUUUCACUUCUAUUUAAAGUUAAAUACAGAGGCCUUUGUUUGUAAUGUAUUGUAGACUUUGAUUGUUUAUUGAUGUUCUAAUCUCUAAAUGGAAGUACUGUUAUACAUGUAUUGUUGUCUACUGAAGAAUCAUGAAUAGAUCAACAAUUUAUUUCUGAUAUAUCAAGUUUUGUUAUAGUAGACUUUAAUUUUAACACCUAUAAGUGCAUUACAACAACAACAACAACAACAUGCAUGCAACAUAUAUACAACAGUUUAAAGGGUGGAAUGAACUGUAGCUGUUAAAUCCCAAUUUGAUGACCUAUAGCUCACCAAAUUAAAUAUAUUUGAAAAAUAAAGAAAUAUAAAAACAA